CGCGCCCCGGUGCCCGCGAGCCGCCGCCCGGCCCGGCCCGCUCCGACAUGCCCCGCUCUGGCGGCCGGGCUCGCGGAGGACCAUGACCGCCUCGGCGAACUGGGUGGCGAACGGGGCGAGCCUGGAGGAUUGUCACUCCAACCUCUUCUCGCUGGCUGAACUCACAGGAAUCAAAUGGCGUAGGUACAAUUUUGGAGGGCAUGGGGACUGUGGACCCAUAAUUUCAGCCCCAGCCCAAGAUGAUCCAAUCCUGUUAAGUUUCAUCCGCUGUUUGCAAGCCAACCUGCUGUGUGUAUGGCGUCGUGACGUCAAGCCAGAUUGCAAAGAGCUGUGGAUAUUCUGGUGGGGAGACGAACCCAACCUAGUAGGAGUGAUACAUCAUGAACUUCAGGUUGUGGAAGAAGGACUCUGGGAAAAUGGCCUUUCCUAUGAAUGUAGGACGCUGCUCUUCAAAGCAAUCCACAAUCUGUUAGAAAGGUGCCUAAUGGAUAAGAACUUCGUGAGAAUCGGGAAGUGGUUUGUGCGGCCCUAUGACAAAGAUGAAAAGCCAGUCAACAAAAGUGAGCAUUUGUCCUGCGCUUUCACAUUCUUUCUUCAUGGAGAAAGUAACGUGUGCACAAGUGUGGAGAUCGCUCAGCACCAGCCGAUCUACUUGAUCAGUGAGGAGCAUUUACACAUGGCUCAGUCUUCACCUGCACCAUUUCAAGUACUGGUGAGUCCUUAUGGCUUAAAUGGCACGCUAACAGGGCAUGCAUACAAGAUGUCUGACCCAGCCGCCCGCAAGCUGAUUGAGGAAUGGCAGUGUUUCUACCCGAUGGUGUUGAGGAAGAAGGAGGAGCCUCGAGAGGAGGCUGAGCUAGAAUAUGACGACGACUUCCCCGUGGCAGUUGAAGUCAUUGUUGGAGGUGUUCGGAUGGUCUACCCUUCAGCUUUGGUGUUGAUCUCUCAGAAUGAUAUCCCUGUCGCUCAGAGUGGUACCAGUGCUGGAGGCCAUGUCUCAGCUACGCAGCAGGGGCUGGGUAGUGUGAAAGACCCCAGUAACUGUGGGAUGCCUUUGACACCUCCCACCUCUCCAGAGCAGGUGGUUAUAGGUGAAAGUGGAGGCAUGCCGAGUGCUGCCAGUCACCUCAGUUCCCAGGAUGGGGGGAUGAUAACUAUGCACAGUCCAAAGAGAUCCAGGAAGAUCCCUCCUAAACUCCACAAUCACAUGGUCCAUCGAGUCUGGAAGGAGUGCAUCCUCAACAGAGCCCAGUCUAAGAGGAACCAGAUGUCAACUCCCACUCGGGAAGAAGAGCCUGCUCACAGUCCUGCUUCCUGGGACUUUGUAGACCCAACCCAAAGAGUUGGCUGUUCCUGUUCCAGGCAUAAAGUUCUAAAACGGUGUACUGUGGGACCCAGCCGACCUCCCCCAGGAUCUCAGCCAGGCUUCAGUGCAGGACCACCAUCAUCUUCAUCCUUACCACCUCCUGCUUCUUCUAAGCACAAAACAGCAGAAAGACAAGAAAAGGGAGACAAGUUGCAAAAGAGACCCUUGGUGCCCUUUCACCACAGGCCUUCUGUGGCUGAAGAGUUAUGCAUGGAGCAGGAUGCACCAGGACAGAAGCUCGGGCUGGCAGGGAUAGAUGCCUCCUUAGAGGUGCCGAGCAGUCGGAAGUAUGAUAAGCAAAUGGCCGUGCCUUCCAGAACUACAAGCAAGCAAAUGAAUCUGAAUCCUAUGGAUUCUCCUCAUUCCCCCAUUUCCCCUCUGCCACCCACACUCAGCCCUCAGCCACGAGGUCAGGAAGCAGAGAGUUUGGACCCACCUUCUGUCCCUGUGAACCCUGCCCUCUAUGGAAACGGGGUAGAGCUUCAACAGCUGUCCACUCUGGAUGACAGAACUGUCCUCGUAGGCCAAAGACUGCCUCUGAUGGCAGAGGUCAGCGAGACAGCCUUAUAUAGUGGGAUUAGGCCCUCAUAUACUGAGUCAUCAGAUAAGUGGUGGCGGAGUUUUCGUCUCCCGCCCAGUGAAGAUGCUGAGUUCCGGCCUCCAGAGCUUCAGGGGGAGAGAUUUGACACCAAACUGGAUGUGAACCCAGAGAGCACUGCACUGCAGAGACUCUUAGCACAACCUAACAAGCGGUUCAAAACCUGGCAGGAUGAGCAGCCUCAGGUACAGCUGCUCCCCGUCCUCGACCCGUCACCUCUGUCACAGCAGCCUGGAGACACGUUAGGAGAAGUCAAUGACCCAUACACCUUUGAGGAUGGUGACAUAAAAUACAUCUUCACAGCAAAUAAGAAAUGCAAACAGGGAACGGAGAAGGACCCCCUAAAGAAGAACAAGUCAGAGGAUGGAUUUGGUACCAAGGAUGUCACUACACCAGGUCAUUCCACGCCGGUGCCUGAUGGGAAAAAUGCCAUGUCUAUUUUCAGUUCUGCUACCAAAACAGAUGUCCGGCAGGACAAUGCCGCUGGCAGAGCUGGCUCCGGGAGCCUGACGCAGGUGACAGAUUUGGCACCUUCCCUGCACGACUUAGACAACAUCUUUGACAACUCCGAUGAUGAUGAGCUUGGGGCCGUGUCCCCUGUGUUGCGCUCAUCCAAGAUGCCUACUGUUGGGACUGAGGAGCGGCCCCCUGGAAAGGACGGAAGAGCUGCUGGCCCUUACCCUCCAACAGUUGCAGACUUGCAAAGGAUGUUCCCCACCCCUCCAUCAUUGGAGCAGCAUCCUGCAUUUUCUCCUGUGAUGAAUUAUAAAGAUGGAGUGAGUUCAGAGACAGUGACUGCUUUGGGCAUGAUGGAGAGUCCUGUGGUCAGUAUGGUCCCCACACACCUCACAGAGUUCAGGAUGGAAGUGGAAGACGGCUUAGGAAGUCCCAAGCCAGAGGAGAUAAAGGACUUCUCAUACGUGCACAAAGUGCCGCAAUUCCAGCCUUUUGUGGGGUCCUCCAUGUUUGCUCCUCUAAAGACGCUGCCGAGCCAUUGCCUACUGCCUCUGAAGACACCUGACGCCUGUCUGUUCCGGCCCUCGUGGGCAGUUCCUCCUAAAAUGGAACAGCUGCCCAUGCCCACUGCAGCUGCUUCCAUUAGAGAUGGUUACAACAAUGUGCCUAGUGUUGGGAGCCUCGCAGAUCCAGACUAUCUGAACACACCACAGAUGAACACCCCUGUGACACUGAACAGCACCGCUCCUGCCAGCAACAGUGGAGCUGGAGUCCUCCCAUCUCCAGCCACUCCCCGAUUCUCUGUCCCCACACCACGAACCCCCAGGACUCCAAGAACUCCCAGAGGUGGGGGUACUGCUAGUGGCCAAGGAUCUGUGAAAUACGACAGCACCGAUCAGGGGUCACCAGCCUCCACCCCCUCUACCACAAGGCCCCUUAACUCUGUGGAGCCUGCCACCAUGCAGCCAAUUCCUGAGGCCCACAGUCUCUAUGUCACCCUGAUUCUGUCAGAUUCCGUGAUGAAUGUCUUCAAGGACCGGAACUUUGACAGCUGUUGCAUCUGUGCUUGCAACAUGAACAUCAAAGGGGCAGAUGUUGGGCUGUACAUCCCCGAUUCCUCCAAGGAGGACCAGUACCGUUGUACCUGUGGGUUUAGUGCGAUCAUGAACAGGAAACUUGGUUACAACUCGGGGCUCUUCCUUGAAGAUGAGCUGGAUAUUUUUGGGAAGAAUUCCGAUAUUGGUCAAGCUGCAGAGAGACGCUUAAUGAUGUGUCAGUCCACUUUUCUUCCUCAGUUAGAGGGGGCCCGAAAAGCCCCAGAGCCCCCCAUAAGCCUCCUCCUCCUCCUCCAGAAUCAGCACACACAGCCCUUUGCUUCUCUCAGCUUUCUGGACUACAUCUCCUCCAACAGUCGCCAUGCACUCCCCUGUGUGAGCUGGACUUAUGACCGGGUGCAGGCGGAUAACAACGAUUACUGGACAGAGUGCUUCAAUGCGUUGGAGCAGGGGAGGCAGUACGUGGACAAUCCCACGGGCGGGAAAGUGGAUGAGGCUCUGGUGAGAAGUGCCACAGUGCACUGUUGGCCUCACAGCAACGUGCUGGACACGAGUAUGCUUUCAUCCCAAGAUGUGGUGCGCAUGCUGCUGUCCCUGCAGCCCUUUCUACAGGAUGCUAUCCAGAAGAAGCGCACAGGCAGGACCUGGGAGAACAUCCAGCAUGUGCAGGGACCGCUUACCUGGCAGCAGUUCCAUAAGAUGGCAGGACGUGGGACCUACGGGUCGGAGGAGUCUCCUGAGCCACUGCCCAUCCCCACUCUGCUGUUGGGCUACGACAAGGAAUUCUUGACCAUCUCACCCUUUGCCUUGCCCUUUUGGGAGAGGCUGCUCUUGGAGCCCUAUGGGGGCCACCGUGAUGUUGCUUACAUUGUGGUGUGUCCAGAAAAUGAGGCCUUGCUCGAAGGAGCCAAAACUUUCUUCAGGGACUUGAGUGCUGUAUAUGAGAUGUGUCGGCUGGGACAGCACAAGCCCAUUUGCAAAGUGCUCCGUGACGGGAUCAUGCGUGUGGGGAAGACCGUGGCACAGAAGCUGACAGAGGAGCUUGUGAGUGAGUGGUUUAACCAGUCUUGGAGCAGCGAGGAGAGUGACAAUCAUUCCAGACUCAAACUUUAUGCUCAAGUUUGCCGCCAUCACCUAGCACCUUACUUAGCCACUCUGCAGCUUGACAGUGGCCUGUUGAUGCCACCUAAGCACCAGAGCCCACCAGCAGAAGCACAGGGACAAGCCACGCCUGGGAAUGCUGGGUCUUUACCUUCAAAUUCAGGCUCAGUAGCACCCCCAGCUGGCAGUGCAUUCAAUCCCAGCUCCAGCUCUGCAAACCCUGCAGCAAGUAGUUCAUCUGCCUCCUCUGGGCCACCAGGCUCCUCGACCGCCUCUGCUCCAGGCAUCACUCAGAUGAACACUACCUCUUCUUCAGGAUUCAGUGGUGGUGUUGGGGGGCAGAAUCCCAGUGCCGGGGGCAGCUCCACAGAUCGAACCCCAGUGGCUUGUGGAGACACUGAGCCUGGGCAGAGCUCCGCCCAGCCCUCACAGGAUGGACAAGACAGUGUCACAGAAAGGGAGAGAAUAGGAAUCCCCACAGAGCCCGACUCUGCAGACAGCCACGCCCACCCUCCAGCUGUCGUCAUUUACAUGGUGGACCCCUUCACCUACACUGCAGACGAGGACUCCAGCUCCGGAAACUUCUGGCUGUUGAGCUUGAUGCGCUGCUAUACGGAGAUGCUGGAUCACUUACCCGAGCAUAUGAGAAGCUCGUUCAUUCUCCAGAUUGUGCCUUGCCAGUACAUGCUGCAGACAAUGAAGGAUGAACAUGUUUUCUAUAUUCAAUACUUGAAGUCCAUGGCGUUUUCAGUGUACUGCCAGUGCAGGCGGCCCCUGCCUACACAGAUCCACAUUAAAUCACUUACUGGCUUUGGGCCUGCAGCCAGCAUUGAGAUGACCCUCAAGAACCCAGAGCGGCCCAGUCCAAUCCAGCUUUAUUCCCCUCCCUUUAUAUUGGCCCCAAUCAAAGACAAGCAGACAGAGCCAGGAGAGACCUUUGGUGAGGCGAGCCAGAAAUACAAUGUGCUCUUUGUGGGCUAUUGUCUGUCUCAUGACCAGCGCUGGCUUUUGGCAUCCUGCACUGACCUCCAUGGGGAAUUACUGGAGACCUGUGUUGUGAACAUUGCUUUACCAAGCAGGUCACGGAAGAGUAAAGUGUCUGCGCGUAAGAUUGGGCUGCAGAAGUUAUGGGAAUGGUGCCUGGGGAUUGUCCAGAUGACAUCUUUGCCCUGGAGAGUUGUCAUUGGCCGCCUGGGGCGUCUUGGCCAUGGGGAGCUUAAAGAUUGGAGUAUCCUCCUUGGAGAAUGUUCACUGCAGACAAUCAGCAAACAGCUCAAGGAUGUGUGCCGCAUGUGUGGGAUCUCUGCCGCAGACUCUCCUUCUAUCCUUAGUGCCUGCCUGGUUGCCAUGGAGCCCCAGGGGUCCUUUGUAGUGAUGCCAGAUGCCGUCACAAUGGGCUCUGUGUUUGGCCGGAGCACCGCGCUGAACAUGCAGUCGUCUCAGCUGAACACACCUCAGGAUGCUUCCUGCACCCACAUCUUGGUGUUCCCAACAUCGUCAACCAUCCAAGUGGCUCCAGCCAACUAUCCUAACGAAGAUGGGUUCAGCCCCAACAAUGAUGAUAUGUUUGUAGAUCUUCCAUUCCCAGACGAUAUGGACAAUGACAUUGGCAUCCUGAUGACUGGGAACCUCCAUUCCUCUCCCAACUCCUCCCCAGUUCCCUCCCCAGGCUCUCCCUCUGGAAUCGGUGUGGGCUCUCACUUCCAGCACAGUCGGAGCCAGGGUGAGCGGCUUCUGUCUAGGGAGGCCCCAGAGGAGCUCAAGCAGCAGCCACUGGCCCUUGGGUAUUUUGUAUCAACUGCCAAAGCUGAGAAUCUCCCCCAGUGGUUUUGGUCAUCAUGCCCCCAGGCCCGGAACCAGUGCCCUCUCUUUCUAAAGGCCUCGCUCCAUCACCACAUCUCUGUAGCACAGACAGAUGAGCUCCUUCCUGCCAGGAACUCUCAGCGGGCUCCACAUCCUCUGGACUCCAAGACCACAUCUGAUGUUUUAAGGUUUGUGCUGGAGCAGUACAACGCCCUAUCCUGGCUCACGUGCAACCCAGCCACCCAGGACCGUACUUCCUGCCUUCCUGUCCACUUUGUGGUGCUCACACAGUUGUACAAUGCCAUCAUGAACAUGCUCUAACUGGGAAGCGCUUGUCCUUCUGCCUCAGCCAAGGAGAAUGCUCUACUCUGCAAAUUCCGGCCUUUUUCAGACCACUCCCUACAGCCCUGCACUGUGACGCCUUCUGAGCAGGCACAUGCUCAUUCUGCAGUGUUCAUUGCCACAGUGACUCCUUGACGUAUCUCACGAAGACCUGGAAAUUUCCAUUAGCAGUGACUUGAGCCAGUGUGUGAUGUGUGCAGCCUGCAGUACCCAGGAAGUGGCAACUUGGUGUCUUAAGAGGGAAAAGAGAAGAGACACUGUCCUUUUGCACAAGAGCCUGCUCUCAGCCUCUCUUUAGUACCAGGCUGUCUAGCCCUCUGGAUGCAAUCCUCUAGCCAAUGGUGGAUGCCUGUGGGUCACCCGGACUUUGGAACCUGGGAUGUGUCACAACUAAGAGCCAGCUCUAGUACAGGACUUAGUGUGGGGUCUCCGCCUCCCCAGCCUAUCAGGAGAUCUUCGGUUGACACCUGUGUAAACAGGCGGUCUGGAGACAGCUGCAUUUUAUUUAUUUUUAAUUUUGUUGUUAGGUUUUUUUCGACUUUCUUUUUUCUAAUCUUGAGGACCAGGUACAGUAGUUGAAACCCACUGAGACCCACGACAGGAUUCUCUGAGUACAUACCUCUGUCCUAGAAGCCAGAAAAGGAGUGAGAACAAACUGAGGAGAUCGUGCCUGAAAAGUGAUACAGUAAUAACCACCCAGCACUAGAGUUUCACAACAGCCUGGGUUCGAGGUGUUCUGCUGUGCUGCUGGCCCGCAUCUCAUUGGAUUACAUUUGUACACAAAGGUGGUCAGACUCAGCCCUGAGCUGGAUGCCAGGACCUUAAUCACUUCUCUAUACAGUCACAUGGAAGUACCGUUGUUUUUUUGUUUUUUGUUUUGUUUUUUUUUUAAAGAGAAUUCUUACAGAAAGCCAGGUCUCUCUUUUCAUUAGAUCAAAAGGGACUCGUGCAUAUCACCCAAAGUGUUUGCUCAUUAAACCGGUUAACAAACAUGGUGAAUUUUUUCUGGACUAUAGGAAUCUUGUUUCAAAGAAAUAGUACAAAUCAGCCACUAAACCAGUACUUGAAGCUGACCCUCUAUGUGGGACUUUUAAAAAAUGCCUUUUUAAGCAUUAACAGCUGACUGAAGUAUUUUUGACUCCCUCUCCCAGACCUUAGGGUUGACUUUGAAACCCUGUUUCUAACCCGUAUGUCGUAUGCUUCUGUCUGUGGGUGGUGGCUGUGGACCGGCUUCCCAGAGCCUCCUGACAGGCCCAGCACCAAUCCAGCUUCCAUGGGAGAGUCCUGCAAACUAAGUUCUUCCAAGAGACUUUCAUGUCCUGGUUAUUAACAAAGAAAAGGAAAAAAAAUGUAAUAAUUGAUAUGAUUUUGUAAAAGUAUUUUUCUUGAGAUAAUCUAACGUUUAAAACAUUAUAUUAAAUAAUGUGGUGGGAAUGUGAAAGCAGAGAAAUAACUUGUAAAUGGGUGAUUCUUCUCUGUCCUACCAACUGGGGGAGGGGUUGCCUUUCCAAUGUAUAGCUUAAAAAAAUCUGAUAUAUCAAACCAUUUGUAUCUAAAGUGUACAGUGUAAAAUUGACUUAAAAUAUCGCAGUGCUAUUUUUUCUUAUCAGAGAGGAAAUCCUCAAGGCCUUUUGAAGAACGUAAGAUGAUGGAGAUGUAAACUUGUAUAAAGUCACCUCGGUGGGGACGGGCUGUAAAGUAGAUAUUUGUAAUCUUUUACUACUUGGGAUUGCUUUUUCUCAGCACUCAUCAGAACUUUGAAUCUCUCUUUCUUUCUCUCUUUCUCUUGCUCGCUCUUGCUCUCUCUUUUUUUAAACGGGCUGUUUUUACUGCAGGGGCUUUUCUUCCCUAGAAACGCAACUCUACACAGAAAAAGAAAAAAGGAAAAAAAAAAACCACAAAAAAUAGAAAAAAGCUAUAAAAAGUUUUAAAAGAAGGCAGCAAAGGGUAGUUUUCAUCUGGUGUCUUUUAUUUAAGUUUUUUAAGUUAAGAAAAGCUGGUGACAUAUUUAUAUGUUUUUGUGCAAAAAUAAAUGAAUGGCAAUAGAUUUUAAAAAAUCUUAUUAUGUACUUCUGUGUGAAAAAGUCUGUAUAUUUCCCUUAAAUAUGCAUUAUUUUACUUGUGAGUUUUUUACAGAAUUAAUCUGAAAUGUACAAGCCCUGGAUUUGCUACAGAGUGAGAAGUUAUUUUAUUUUUUUUUAAUUUUUAAUUUUGAAAAUUCUGCAAAAAUCAGAACUCCUACCAUAGUUUGAAAAGGGGAAGUGGGGCGGGAGCAGGGAGGGCUUGUCCGGCAUGCCUGUAUGUAUAUUUCAGAGCAUUUUUUUAAAAUGUAAAAGCUGUACAUUUCUGGGAAGUUCUGAUUUUUUGUUUGUUUCCUUUUUUCUUCAAGCAUUUUGCAGUGAGCUUCUUUUAUAUAUAGCAAACAAUUGGAAAGAAAAAAAUAUGUGACGUUCAUUUAAGAACUACAGCACAGCGCUGGUUCAGUACACUAAAGACUUUGAUAAAAAGAAACAAUGAUAAAGGCCUCCAUUUUAAACGUCAUUCAUAUAUACCUUGUGGAUGAGAGCUAUAUACUUUUACACACUUUUUUAGAGGAAUAAAUUAUUGAAUUA